AUGCUGAUCCAUGCUGAGGAUCAGACGCCUUUCCAUGCAACAACAAGUCUCUCACCUGUUUUAGGACGGUGUCUUCCCGAGACCGUCGUCUUCUUGGAUUCUGUUCUCUCUCCCAUCCUCCGCAGAUCGCCACCCAAACGUCUCUGGGAUAUGUCCCCAGUGUCUCCACAGCCAGGUCAGGGACAGCUGCACGAGCAGGUCCAGCUCGACCCGGACUCUCUCAGAUUUCCUCCAGGUGACUCCGGUGGCCUCAUAUCUGUGUGUCUUUACGCAUUUGCGUCGUCGGAUUCAGCUGUACCAGGGUCCCUCUGCUCGUGCGUAAUCCCAGCGCAGGAAGAGAAGCGAGUAGAGCAGCACAGUCCUCAGCACACGGACCUGAUGUCUGUCUUCCUUCUUCUUCUUGCCUGCGAUCUGCUUCCGCGAAAACGGGCGUUGCUGGGAUUCUCCUCUCUCCAACCCGCAACUCUCUCCAUUUCCAUCGCCGCCCUCAACGCAGUUUGCCUGAAGUGGUACAUUCCACCUCCUCUCUGUCCUCCGCUCCCUGCUGCAUCCUCCAUCACUGCACUUCCCUUCAUUCUCACUUUCUCCUUGAGGACGAUUUUGAGGCCUGUUUCAGUGUCACUUAAAGCCCAGCUCUCUGUCUUCUAUCUGCUCCGUCAGCACAAGCUUAUCACGAAGGCACGGAGGAAUAAAGGAAGAACAGAAGAAGGACAUCCAAAGCACCAGAGAGACAAAAAUACCCCCUACACAUUGACCGUCCGUAUGGAGUCCAAGGCGAAGAGCAGCGUGAAACCAGGUACCAAGACGGAGAAGAAAGAUGCGGCACCUCCUCCGAAGCCGAACCCUGCUCCUGCUGAACCCGAGGUGGAAAAACCGGCGCAAGAUGGCAACCAAGAGGGAGCGCAGGAAGAGAAUGAGGCGGCUGGAUGCAGCUGUGAGACCCUGGAGCACCUGAAGCCGUUCCUCAUCGGUGGAGCUGUAGUAGCGCUCGGAGCCGUCUUGGUGGGCUUGGUUUUAUUAGCCAGAAAGAAGUGACAGCUGUGAUGUGAUUGGCCUACAGGUUCAUGGGUGGUUGGGGCACAGCCUGGGGGUGGGGGCAAAGGGGAGGGGGGUGUUUAAAUACCAGGGGGUGGGGAGACACCGUGCUUACUUCACAUUAACCUUUGAUUUCAGCGUGUGUUAUCAUCAGAGUCAUCACAGUAGGAAUAGCAGCUCACUUAAGCCAUGUUCAGAUGCGAAAGCGACCCUCACGCAAUCCACUAAUCUGCACUCGGAUCCUGACUGACCACAGAGACGCAAAGAUAAAAGGCAACUAGUAACUUGCCUAGAGACGUAGCAAAAACAAAUCUCCGCCUAAUAAUAAUAACGCUCCCUAGCCACAGUAGCUAAUUUAAACAGCAGUGCAUUGUUUUUCUAUUAAAAGUGAUUAUUAAAGAGUCAACGUAAAAGAAAAAAAACGCUCUGCCAGUCACCUCAGAGCCUCAGACUUCACCUGCAGGAGCGCCCCCAAUCCCCCCCCCCCCCCCCCCAAAAAAAAACCAUGUAUGAAUGGUGGAAUAUGGGGUGUGUUCUUGCUGAUCUGUUAACUGAGGAAGUGUAAAUCAUAUAAAACCUAAGACCUGAGACAUCACUGAAUAUAUUUUUUUCUUUACUUCCUGAGGCUUCGCGCUGCAUGUGGACUGGUCUGCGUGCACACACACACACACACACACACACACACAGUUAUUAGAUGCACAACAACAACAUCAGUGUGGACAGCAGUGUGAUGAAGUUAUUCAUAUCUGCUGUAUCUGCUAAUUAUCCUUAAAAAAUAAACUACAAUAAAUAUUUUAGUGUAUUUUCUUAUAUAUACGAGUAAACCUGUAAUGCAAAAAAAAAAAAAAGUAAGACAGGAUCGUUUAUCAUUAUUUCAUUUUCAUGGAUCUGUCCUGUCCUUUUGGCUCGUCCACUUCUUAGUGACCAUAAAAGUAAGAGACCGGUUUAGAAAACACACUAGACAGAUGAGUGGCAUGACGGAGGUGCAGCUCACUUUUUUCUUAACGUCAAUAAGACACCUGGACUGAAAUAGUCAUCAUACACACUGCCUUCAUCCGGUCAUGUAACCGGGUAUCAAGGACAAAGACGAGUCUGCGUUCCCACAAGUGCGUAUGUUAUGCAAUAAUAUAAAUAGCGCUCUGUAGAUCUGCUGAUAGAAGUGUGUGAUAGAGAUGACAAACUGAAUGAAUCUGCUGGGAGAAUUGUAGAGAAGAUAAAAUCUAUAUGUAUUGAGAUAUAUGACGUUUUGACAGACAUAUAUAUUUUUUCCUGGUUGUUUUGCGCUCAACCCCACCCCUAACCCCACCCCCUUCUUAUGUACAAUAAAAUUAAGAUGGCUGAAACGCAA